AUGUUACCUCCGUGUCUCCCCCUUCUUAUUUUCCCUUUUCUUUGUUCUUGGGUUGUGUAUGAGAACCCCCAUUUUGCACGUCUGGAAGAAAAUUGGCCUCCAAUUCGCAAAAAUGACGAUUUUAUAAAAAAGGAGGAAUUUGCUCCAUAUAGUUCACCUUUCUCCAAAAAUCUUCGAAUAUAUAGACAAAGUAACCCCAAUUCUUUAUUAUACUACAUGUAUAUUUCAAUGUGUAUUCUUUUAUACUAUGGCAUAACUUGCAUUAUUAAAAUGAACCCCUUAAAAAAGAGAGAACUUCGCAGAUACCAUGACUCGUCAUACAUCCAUUUUGAGGAUAUUAAAAAAAAUGAAACGUGUGCAAACUCACUCAAAGAUAAAAAUUACGACCAGACGAUCAAUAUUCUCUAUCAAAUUGUAAAUACAAAUUCUGCAAACAUAGAAAAUGCAAAUAAUUCUAACAUAACCGACCAUAUUGUUUCUCACGAAGGGGGCGAAUAUAAUCCAAACAUAACCAACGAUAAUUUUGCAAAAAUAGAUGACCAUACAUUUUCAAAUUUUCAGGGAGAUAGCCCCUCCAAUUUUGAAAUAGAAAAAUUUACACAUAAAAUAAAACACAAAUUUGGGAAAUUUCCAAAAUUGAAGUUUCCAAAAUUGAAAUUUCCAAGACAGACUAAAUUCAAAUUUUCUAAGAUAAUUACACCUAGUCAAGGUAACAUAGGUAGCAAAACCCGUCCCAACGUAACCACCGGAAUGUUAUUUAAUCUGAUGAAAAAGAGGUCCUCCACUUUUCAAUCUGAAAAAUCGCCAAACACAAUAAUGAAGAACUCUGCAAGCGUAGCAGCAGGUAAAUCACCUAACGGUGCUACAAAGAAAGAGACCAUGGUAAUAUUCAAAGGGAUUCCCAAGUUACCAAACAACGAAUCUACAGAACAGACAAAAAAAAAAACUCUGGCGGAAAGAGCCAAGGAAAAAGGGACACCUGACAUAGACAAAGUGGAACCGGCUCCAAGGUCCCACUUCCAAAAUUUUAUGGACCAUACAUUAUCCUUCUUGACUGCAAAAAUACACUCACAAAUGUAUACAAUGAAGAAAAAAUUAUUACCAUCCAAAAUCCAGCCAUCUGAAGGAGAAGAAAAAGAAGGUGAAGGAGAAGAUGAGUUGGAAAAAUCCAAGAGAGAAGAACACUACUCGGAGGAAUGGAAAAUACAACAAUUUCAAAAUUGGAAAAAUAAUUUAGACAAAGAAUACAAUGCCUGGAAAGUUUCAUUAACAAGUGAUAACAACCAGUGGAUCCUCGAGAAAAAUGUAGUAUUUGAAAAUAUACUGAAUAAAAUAAAGGAAAGAUGGAUAUCAUGGAAUAUAUAUACUCUGGAAGAAAUUAAUGAGGGCAUAAUUAGAUUAAAAGAUUUGGAAAGUGAAGAACAGUGGAGUCAUUGGUUAGACACAAAUUGGAAACCUUAUAAUAAGCAAACCUGGAUUGACCUCAUAGAUUCGUAUGAAAAAUUGUAUUAUCAUUGGUUACGUACUCAAUGGAAUAAAUGGAAAUCGAGAAAAAUGACAGAAUGGGUAUCACAAGAAUGGAAAGUUCACGAAGACGAAAAGUGGGAACAAUGGGAAAGGCGGAAAUGGGCAAAAUAUUUUCAACGCAAAGAGAAAGGCGAAUGGAUCAAAUGGAUUACAAGAAAUGAAUUGGAAAUAACCGUGAUAAGGAAGUGGCUGAAGGAAAAAGAAAAUAUGCAUUUCGAAGGCGAAGGAUGGUUAAAUUGGGAUAAGUGGAAGCAGGAGAAGUUUGAAAAUCUGGACGAAUAUUUGGACUCGCUCAAAAAUAAAUGGCUCGCUGGGAAGGAGUGGAUGAUCUUGACGAAUGCGUCAAAGGAGCGGGAACAGGCUGCAGAGCGGCCUGAGCCAGGGGGAAAAAAAAUGCCCGUAAAAAAUGCACAGCAAAAUAGUGAUAAAACGAACGAACAAAGUGACCGCCCAACUGACAAGCAUACUGACCAACAGUAUUUGGAAAGUUAA